UUCCACAGGGCCGUCGUCGUCUUUGUCGUCUCUUCGUUUUUUUCACCACCGUGUUUUGGCUUCUCCGAUCCACAACGCCGCCGUCUUCGUCUUCCUCGCGCCCCUGUCUUCAGUUUUCUUAUUAUUCUUCUUCUUCUCCUCCUCUUACCUGUUUUUUUUUUUUUCUUUCUAUGUCAUGUAUUUAACCUUAAACAAACAAACAUACCCGGCCUUAAUAAAUAUACUGCUACAGUGCUACCACUACCGAUGAUAAUUUAAUCCCGUCUUGGAAGACACUUUUCAUAUAACCGGACGUCGGCGAUUGAGCAAACCUUAACUGACCUUGUCUGAGCUUUGAGCUUUCCACCUUCUCCUUCUUUUCUCGCAGUGAGUGUGGCCUAUUUCACCUUUAGUAUGGAUUCUUCGGCUAUAGAUGAAUUACCUGCAGUCAGAGCUCUUGGUUUGCUGUUUAAACUUACAGAAAUCCACUUAUGGGAUUCUGGCUUGGGUGAAGUGCAGGAAUCAUCAUCUUACUAUCAAGUAUCCAAUGAACUUGUUGAGGGUGAUGAGAAGAGGGAAUUAGAUGAUAUCAAUGGGUUCUCUUUGUCACAAAAAGAUUUCGAACUUGCUGAAAAAUUGAAUGAGUUGGGACUUCCACUCUCUUUUUGCUCUAACAAGGAGAGGAAAUGUGGAAUGAAUUAUGCAAAAAAGAAGAGCACAAGAAAAAAUAAUCAGAAAAGUCGAUUUGAAAUCAAUGACCACAUGUUAGAUUCUACAACUGUGAGUGAGGAGAGUACGUCUCCUGCUUGUUUAGUUCAUACUUCAAAUGCGACAGAGGAAAGUGAAAUACUGAACCUUGGCAUUAUAGAUGUAGAUGAUUUAUCAAAACUGGCCCUCGGACUGGGCGAUUCAUUGAGCUUGACAGCACAAAUCAGCCAAAGAGCCCCUGAAAAUUCUUGCAGCUGCAACACUGAAGCUUCCAAUCUUGGAUUCAAUAAAAGUUUGGGGCCCAGCCCGGAACUUGGAAAUAGUUCAUUGGAUGAAUUCGAGCACCUAUGCGAAAAUAAUAAUAUGAUGCCUAAUGCUUCACGUCUUGGCGAUGGAGCUUUGGAAGGAUUUUGCUUAAUAAACGAGGGUGCUGACAAACAAGCUGUGAAAGAAAUUACGGAAGGGGCAAAUUCUGCUGUUUAUGAUGACCCUGGAGAAUGGCUUACAUAUUGGGAUGAUUUUCACAUGCGAACAUAUUUCUACAACAUUAGUACACACGAGUCUACGUGGGAUCCCCCUGCAGGAAUGGAACAUCUUGUUUAUUGCAAUGUUGCCGAUGAACUGGCUGAGUUAGAAAACGCCCAAGCACAUUUUGCCAAGUAUGACGGGGUUGAAGGUUUGUGUGACCAAAAACUUGAUCUCGACUUGGCUAAAGAUUCUGGGAAAGAUAACGGGCCAUUAAGUCAGGAGAUCGGUGACUCCAUUGGAAGCGAGCUUUCUACCAGUAACGACGUUGGCACUCAAACUAUCAAAAGGAAAAAGCGAGUGAGGAGAAAAAAAUUGAGCACAAAAUCAAGUUCUAGUGAAGAUUACCAAGGAAUUCUGCAAGAGCUCCCUAGUAUAAGCAAAUAUUGGUGCCAAAGAUACCUUUUAUUUUCCAAGUUCGAUUACGGGAUUAGAAUGGAUGAAGAAGGAUGGUUUUCUGUAACCCCAGAGUCUCUAGCCAAACAUCAUGCAGCCCAAAGCAACGAUGGCUCAAUAGUCGAUUUUUUUACUGGCGUCGGUGGGAAUGCAAUUCAGUUUGCGCGACGCUGUAAACAUGUUAUUGCAGUCGACAUUGAUCCAAAAAAAAUUGAGUUCGCGCGGCAUAACGCUUCCCUAUAUGGAGUUGACAGCAACAUAGACUUCAUAAAUGGCGACUCUUUUUCCUUGGCCGCAAAGCUGAAGGCAGAUACGGUGUUCAUGUCACCGCCCUGGGGAGGUCCCGACUAUUCCAAAGUAAAGAAGUUUGAUCUCACCACGAUGCUUAAGCCACUGGAUGGGCAAUCCCUGUUCGAUGCUGGUAAGAAAAUUGCUUCGAAGAUGAUAAUGUUUCUGCCAAGAAAUGUAGAUGUGAACCAGUUAGCAGAGUUAUCGUUGUCGGCUAAUCCUCCAUGGUCUUUAGAGGUGGAACAAAACUUUCUGAAUGGGCGAUUAAAGGGUGUUACGGCUUAUUUCUCGAAACCACAGUCACAUCCUUCUUCUUCCAUUUUGUAGAGUACCAAUUAAUGUAGAACUUCUAUGAUAAAAGAUUGUCUCUUUAACCGUCUGUAAAUUUCUAGUCGAACUUAAUAGCCAGAAAGACUAGUUAUACUCAUGUGUGGCAGAAGAACCUUAAAAUGUCAGGGAGUUUGUUAUAUAUCCUGUGUGUCCCUCUUUCAUAUAAUAAUUUAUAGAUUUGUUUUCUAAUA